AUGCUGAUGAGCGCCUCGGUAGAAAAUGCCAUUGGCCAACGGCCUCAAUUGACCGGCGAUGUCUUUGCCAUGCGGGAGCAGUAUAAGGCACUGGCGGAUGGGGCAAAUGCAACCCGAACCAUUUCGCCUAAUAUUACCGUCGAAGAUAUAAAACUCAGUCCCAAUCUCACCGUGAGAACUUACACGCCAACAGUCCGUCAAGCAGAAUCUAACCCACGUCCAGUCGGAUUGUACUUCCACGGGGGCGGGUUUUGCUGUGGUAAUUUAGACUCCGAGGACAACUUCUGCAGGCUUCUAGCCGAACGCCUGCCUUGUAUUGUCAUCUCGGUGGGCUAUAGGCUUGCACCGGAGCACAAGGCCCCCGCUCAGCUGGAUGAUGCGCUCGAGGCUUGGAAUUGGGCUUACAACAACGCGAGUACUUUGAACGGUGAUCGUGGGAGAUACUUCACUGUUGGUCAGAGUGCAGGGGGUAGCCUCGCUCUGGCAGUGGCACGCCGAUUGAUCGUGCUUGGCCGGAAACAUGAAUUAAAGGGAAUCGCAGCCAUUUCUCCGUUCGUUGUCCACCCGGAUGGUGUUCCUUCGCGUUAUAUGGCCCAAUAUCGUGCUUUUGACGAGCUCGGAGACGGUCCCAUCAACACGAAGCAAGCCAUGACCCAUUUCUACAAAGCAAUCCAAGCGCCGCCCUGCGACCCAGACGUCUACGUUCUCAAUGCGGAGGCGGAUUUACACCAGUUCCCUCCGACCUACCUUGCAGUCUGUGAGAUUGAUCCACUGCGAGAUGACGGCCUUAUCAUCCACGACGCCUUGAAGAAAGCUGGAGUUUCUGUAAAACUGGAUUAUUACCAAGGUUUGCCACACGUGUUCUGGGCCUUUGAGUGUCCUGCUCCAAGUGGUGAUUUCGUGGCGGAUGUCAUGGCUGGUAUUAGGAUUUUCACGAAUACUUGA